AUGUAUACAUCACUUUUAAGUGUUGUUUGUAUUUGUUCAGAUAUUCACUUAGAUGAAUAUGUUCAAGAUUCACAAGAUGAGAAUGAUUUCGUCGCAACAUUACCAUCAUCACAUCAAUUCAAUCUUCGUUCUGUUGAUCUUGCGAAAUUACAAUUAAUUAAAACUGAAAAAAAUUAUAAAAAAAAACAACGUCUUUUUGAAAAAAUGGGAUUAACUGAUAAACCUACGAAUAAAUCAACUGAAAAAAAGAUAUUUAUUUCAAAACAAGUUAAUAAAUUUACAAAUAUAGCUGCUGAUGUUAUUUCAAAUGAAAAAACAUUUCGAAGUCUAGCUAUGUGGUGUAUUGCUUUGCUUAUUCAUGCUUCAACAUGGAACGAAUUCCUUCACAAUUGGAAAUUAAUCUGUAAAGUUUUCAUAGAAUUGCAUUUGGGUCAGGAUUUUAUUAACAAAGAACAUCAAGAAGCACUUAUUGAUAAGAUCAGUAAAAUUAAAAAUGAUACUAAUACAAGAAAUAUUAUCAAAUCAACUGAUGAAGUAUCAGAAAAAAAUACUGAAAAUUUAUACUUUUCCAGCAUAUAUGAUUUUGAUGAAACAGAUGAUGAAGCAGAAGUUCAACUAGGUUCAAAUGUCUCAAAAUCAAAUCGAAAAAAAAAGAUGGUAAUAGAUGAAGAACAACAGGUCAAUUCUAUGGACUCUCCAUUUAAAUCAACAAUAACUAAAUUAUUUCAUGAUGUUUUAAGCCUGUAUAGUAUUUCAAUGAAACAAGUUAAUGAUAAAUCAUCACGUGGCAUCUUGAGGUGGUUCAAGUAUCUCAUAAAUUCAUUCAUGCCAACAACACCAAUUUGGUGUAAUCUAUUAUUAGGUAAUUUAACUCGUCAUACUAGACAAAUUAUUAAUUUAUUUGAAAGUAUCUCAAUCAUCAAUGAAGAGCAAUUAACAACUGCUAUAAGCGAACGCCGAAUGUGUAUUGUAAAACGGAUUCAAUUAGUUCCGGAUAUGAUGUUGAUGAUUGAUGAGUAUUGGAGUGCAUUAUUAGGUUAUAGUACAAGUAAUGAUAAAACAAUAUGUAUAGAUCAACAAAGACUCAAGCCUAUUCAAGAAAGAUGGCGAGAGAAAGUUUCAAGAAGAGGAGCAGGAUUUUAUAAUAAACGUCCUAGUGAACCAAUUGUCAAUGAUCUUAUUUCAUGUUUAUUGUCACCAAAAGUAAAUAUAAAUGAAAAUUUGAAAUUGCCUAUUCUUAGUCCAGUCUGGUUGGAUGUUGCCGUUGGAAUUCUAUUGUCUGUAGGAAAUAAUAAUCCUGAUCAUUAUAUAUAUAUGUCUUCAUUAAAAAGUUCUCCUUUGUUAUCUAAAAUUUUGAAAUUCUUGGAACAAUGGUAUAAUUCAUUAAAUAAAACUAAUGUAUCUACAAAUCUCAAUAUUUCUUCAUUAAAUAUUAAAUUAAAUGAUGCAUUUGAACAAUCUUCGUUUAUACUAGAAUAUAUAUUAAUACCAGUAUUGCCUUGUCAAAUGAUAAUAUGUAAAAUUCAUGAAUGUAGUCGAUGUAAAUUAACAACUAAGAUACAUUCAAUCAUCACAUCAAUUCCUAUCAAUAUAUCAGUAACUGGUUUAUCUGUUGAAAAAAAUUUAUUUGCUUACUUUGCUCCAACACAAUCAGAUUUGGUUUGUUCUAACUGUAAUACAGCUACUAUGCGUCGUAUUGAAGUUCAACAAUGGCCUCAAGUUCUCUUAUUACACCUCAAUGACUCGAAGCAAGUAACUCGGCCUCAACGACCACCUUCCAUGCUCUCAUACAAUUUAGUCCAUGCUGUUAUUCAUGCUACAGGAUUAAAAUGUUCAAGUUUAGUUAAUGAUAUUCCACAAUCUAUAAGUGUUCAAGAUGCAUUAAAAUUUAUUCAAACACAUCCAUUACUUUGUGAUUUAAAAAAUGCUCUUACAGCUGAUGUUAAAACGAAGUAUAUAUGUAAUUUCUGCCACCAGUUUAUCAAUUCUUCUGACGAGCAAAGCUCAACAAUUUUUUUAUUUAAAUCAAUGUCGUCAAAUGAUCUUAUUGCAUAUCCUGCUUUAUGCAAUAUGAGUUAUGAGAAUGUCAAGAUAAAAUAUUGUCAGAAUUGUAAUCAUUCUAUUGAAAAUGUGGUUCUGAACAUACAUCAGCAGGUUUUUCUUAAGUGUCCGUAUUAUCUAGUGGUAAGCAUUUUAUUUUUUAUUUUUUUGAUGAAAAAUAUUUAACUAUUUUCUCAAGACCUAACACUUCAAUCGUAUAACAAAAAUUAAAAUAAAUUUUUUUUUAUCGUUAUUUAAGAAAUUUUCUGACAGAAAUUGUCAAGUAUUGGAUUUUUUUAAAAAAAGUGUACAACUGAAAGAUGUUCAAGAUAUCAUUUAUAAUUAUCAACCACUCUCGAUGCUACUAAUUAGUCGUUAUAACGAUAGAGCCACCAUUAUAAAACAAAAAGAUAGUUCUUAUGUUCAAUUUUAUGGUGAUACCUAUGCUGAAUCAUCAGAUAUAUCAAUCUCAAGAAUUGCUGAUCUUAUCGAUACAUGUAAUUCUAUAUUAUUAUUUUAUCAACAAGUAUGUAUCAAUUAAUUUAUUUUCUAUCGAUCCAGGUUGCUUUUUUUCUGAGCCUUCAUAAAACAUCAGCAACAAAAAUUUCGUUUUUGAAGGUUUAUAAAAUAUUUUCGUUUUAUAUAUUGUAAGGAAAUUUUUUCAUGCUUUAUGUUUUGUUGUUGUUUAUUUUCUUGACCUAUCCUAGUUAGAAGUUAGUUGACA